UGAUGAUUGUAGUUGUCUCAGUAAGUGGGAGGUAUAUGAAUCACAUUAAUUCGAUCUAAUACACUAAAGCAUCAGAAAUAUUAAAAGACAAGUGAUCAGUUAUUAAUAUUUCACUGAAAGAAAUGAAGCUGAAUUUUAAUGUGUGGACUUGGUAUUAUCUGUGUAUCGGCUUACGUUUCUUGGACAAAUGUAAAAUGACGUUUGCCACCACGAUUCAACUGGAGGCUGAGAAUCACCUUCUCACACAGAACAACGUUGACUUCAAAACCAUACACAUUGCAGAAGAAAAGUCUCUCCUUGUUGGAAGUGAGGAUCUCUUACAUUUUUACCUCUGUUUAAACGAAGACAGCUAUGUGACUAUACAACACGUGUGCGGGUUUCAAAGUGGAAAUAUGAGACAGCUUCAAGUUGCUGUAGAUGAAACUGAUAUUUUAUCGUUUGAAUUACCAGAAAUGAAAAGUGAAGUACCCUCCAUACCAUGUGUAGGUUUGAAUUUUACUAUGAAUCUUCUAUCAGGACGACACCUUCUCACUUUUAAGAAAAUGUUCGCCGACACUGACCAUUUUUUUAUCGAUAACUUCCAGAUUGACUUUCCUGGAAUUUAUAUAACCAAUAGUAUUCUUCAGUGUUCCACAAUGUGUUUAGAAAGUAUAAACCUACCAAAAUUUGAUGUAAAUCAAUUAAAUUCUUCAGUGGUUGGACGGAUAAAAAAUAACAACUAUAAUACCACGUGUGCAGAGGUGGAUAAUAUCAACAUCCCUAUUUAUCAUGAACAAGCAAAAGUAUUAAAAGUAACCGCUAUACAUCCUGCAUACCACUCUUUUGAAAAUACCAAGAUUCAUGACUUCAAAAACUGCAAGCAGACUGAAUCAGUCAUAUUCAAUGUUAGAAACUAUCUACUAGGACAGCCAUUAUUUACUUUGAAAGGGUUCGUUUUGCGAGAGGCUAGAUACUUAUCGAGACGUACUAUCUUAUUGAAGUUUUACUUGGAAGGGCCAAUAACGGACUCUGUGAAUAGCGAAAUCGGAAGCAAUAUCCAUUUGCAAGUUAGUCCCAUAAAAUUCGACACUGACAUUAUUUUUUCUCAUUACGGAAGAACAGAAAGAUGGAUAUCAUCAUCGCCUAUUACAUUUUCUAGUGAUAAGUUACAACAUACAUGGAAUGUUCCAGACUUCACGUGGUCGUCAACAUCUUCAAACUAUAUCAGUUUUAUUUUACCAGAAAACUUAACAACUUCUCUGAUAGUUAAAAGGUUGUCCAUAGAAAAGAGGCACGUGCGUCAAGAUAUCCCCUUUACUAUGUUUUCAAACGAACGUUCACUCCUAGAAGGGGUAGACAAAGACUUUUGGUGGCCCAAAAAUAAUGAUACAAUGACGGUAAAGGUAAUUGAAACGGGUAAAAUAUUUAGUAAUGCUGACUACCUACGUAUAUAUAUACCUGUGCCAUGGAAUUCUAUUAACUGGUGUCAGACAUUUGUCAUAUAUCAGGAUGGUAAUGUUCGGAUUUUACCUAUUACGCCACCUGGUGUUGAUUGGAUUCCUUUUGGAUCGUCUUUGGUUGUUGGUGAAACCAACCCUAUUUCACGCCGUCCAUUUUCUUCAAUCCGCCAUAUUGAUUUCCUUGCAAAACAAUUUCGGAUGGAUAUUUAUUAUUAUGACGGAAACAAUGCAUCUUUAGUACUGAAUUCAAAAAUGUUUGAAACAUCUAUGACUAUAAGUAAUUUUCAAUUUAAAAAGAAAUCCCUGCUUCCGGUUCUGACUUUUAGAUCCAUGUUUGUUACCGAGGGGAAUUCAGACUGUGAUCAUGUUAAUGUGGAUGGAAAGCAGGAUUUCAGAAUUCAAUCAAACUGGACAGACAUUUCAGGAUCAACUUUUUUCUUCUACAGAAAAUGCAUUUCAAAGCACAAUACGCAAAGUCCUGAUUACUUAGUUCAAAUUUUAGAGUAGUAAUUUGCUUAAAACGCGUUUGACAUUUUAAAAAUCUAUAUGUUAGACACAACGUUAAAAUAAUUGAAAUCCAAUGAAAAUUAAUAGUCUAGUGAUAGGGUAGUUGUUUUGACAUUCGCGAGAAUAAAACAUAUUUGGUUCAGAAUAAGUAAUAUUAUAUUUUAAUUUUACAUAAACAUAUUUUUUGUUGAUCUAUUUUAAGUAUUCUGACUUCUGAUUUUCAAUUUGUGUCUGUCCUUUGAUUGACAUAUUUCUUCCAACUCCUUAAAUUCAUGCUUGGUGGUUUUGAUUACAAAUACUAUCUUCCUUGUUUUUAAUGAUUAGUUAGAUAAUUCAUUAAUUCCGCUACAUUUCCAUGUUCCUGUCCCAAUUUACGAACUUCUUCAUUUGUAUGGUAUAUUUCAAUGCUUUUUCUUCAUUUGGUUUUGAGAAGUUGGUAUACAUUACCGGUUUUUGAUUGAUUCUGUUUGUGCCAACUUUCGGAAAACUUACAGCAUAAAGGGUUCGUGUUGUUUAUUCUUUAGUUGUCUAUGUUGUGGCAUGUGUUCUAUUGUUUGUCUCUUUGUAUUUUUCAUUUUUAGCCAUAGCAUUGUCAGUUUAUUUUCGAUUUAUGUGUGUGACUGUCCCUCUGGUAUCUUUCGUCCCUCUUUUGUAAAGAUUCUUUUUUCUAUUUCAAUUUCUUGAAUACUUUGUGUGCCUUCUAAAUGUUGUUUCGUUUUUGUUGUCGUUUAUUUUCUGUCUAAUUGACGCUUGGUCCACAUCUUCUAUUAUUUAAACACAAGUAUUAAGCAAAACUAUUUUUAGUUCGGAUAACUGUAAUAGGUUACACCCUCAAUAAAUUCACCCCACUAACGUCAAAGCUAAUAAUCACAAUUUAAAAAAAAUAUUGUGUUCAAACCCUUUGAUUCAAUUAGAAGGUGGAGAACAAAUGUGAAGGUCAUAUUGUUACAAUACUCCAAUGAAACGAUCAAAUCUCCGGUAAACUAAAAUCAUUUAGAAGACACAAAGUUUUCAACCAAACACCUAUAAGUCGAAUAAGGGUAAACAUAAAGCGCGCCACUAUAGUUUGAACAUACACAACCCCACAAAAACCAGGACUGGAGAGGAACUCACUGAUUUUAUUAUUAAAUUCUCAUAUUGCAAUUUUCAAAGAUUGCUUAUCCUGUUGAGGAAGUUUUUGAUAAGCAUAGUUAAGACAAUACAAAACAUAUUCUGCUGUCCUUUUUUAUGGUCGGGUUGUUGUCUCUUUGAUACAUUCCCCAUUUCCAUUCUCAAUUUUAUCUCUCGAGUGCAUAUCCUAUGUACAAACUUUGUUGUCUCUUUCAUUUAAAUGAGACGGUUGUAAUGUUGUUGUAAUCACUGUUCAUUUAUCCUAUACAUUAAAGUUUUAUAGAGUAUCGUGUUUGUGUAUAUUUAAGGAUAUGCCUAUGCUGUUCUAGUACCGAUAUAUUGCAUAAACUAAAGAAAAA